AUGAUCUGUCUCGCCAAUCCUCUAUCGAAAGAUAUCACGUGUACCGGAAGAUACAUGAUGCCAAUCCUCGAAAGAUAUAUCGAAAAAGAUCGCCAAUCUAUCGAUAUGUACCGGAAGAUACAUGAUCUGUCUCGCCAAUCCUCUAUCGAAAGAUAUCACGUACCGGAAGUAUCUGUCUCGCCAAUCCUCUAUCGAAAGAUAACGUGUACCGGAAUAUACAUCUGUCUUGCCAAUCCUCUAUCGAAAGAUCUACAUGAUCUGUCUGCAAUCCUCUAUCGAAAGAUAUACGUGUACCGGAAGAAGAUCGCCAAUCCUGUAUCGAAAGAUAUCCGUACCGGAAGAUACAUGAUCUGUCUCGCCAAUCCUCUAUCGAAAGAUAUCACGUGUACCGGAAGAUACAUGAUCUGUCUUGCCAAUCCUCUAUCGAAAGAUAUCACGUGUACCGGAAGAUACAUGAUCUGUCUCGCCAAUCCUCUAUCGAAAGAUAUCACGCGUACCGGAAGAUACAUGAUCUGUCUCGCCAAUCCUGUAUCGAAGACGUGUAUACAUGAUCUGUCUCGCCAAUCCUCUAUCGAAAGAUAUCACGUGUACCGGAAGAUACAUGAUCUGUCUUGCCAAUCCUCUAUCGAAAGAUAUCACCUCUAUCGAAGAUAUGUACCGGAAGAUACAUGA